AAUAUUUAACAUUCGCCUCGCCUCUUUCAUGAUGGCGAAGACUAUGGAAUACCAAGACCCAGAGAUUAUUCAGGAUAUCAACGAUAUCUUUGAAGAACAUUGGGAUCCUUUAAAAAAGAGGGUUAUAACGGAGUGUGCUUUUCGUCUUCUUUCCGGAAUCAAACCACCGAAAAACCCUCAAUUGCUUGAGGAUUGCUUGAAGCUCAGGAUAUCCAAUCCAACAUACAAGUAUCGAAAAGAUCUAAUGAAACACUUUCUUGCGACUACAACUAAGGAUUUAAAGGAUGAUCAAUUUUUUGAGGAGUUGGAGGUUUUUAUCGAUGAGCGAUCAAAUUGUACACCAAUAGAUGAAUUGAGGACCUUGUUUAGAGAGCCGCCUUCGCAUUGUCUGCCGAGAUUUACUGCUUCAGUUGUGCGAAGAACAAAUCCUUCGGAUCGCCCUCAUCAAAAAAGAUAUGCCGGCGCUGUCUGCAUCAAAACUGGUGAGGAAGUAGGCUUGGAAAUGGAGACGACAGGGGCUCAAUCAAAAGUCGCCUUGAAGAUUGGUGAUCUCAUUGAAGUUACCAGGAGACAUGAUAGUGGUGUUUAUGACUACGAAAUUGUCAGUUGCUAUGCCAUAUCCCCUGAGGAAAUUACAUAUUUCCUAGAUCAUAUCCUUGGUGUUGAUGACCAUGCACCAUCCAGUUGUUCAGCAAUAUGGGAUGCCAUCCUGUAUAAUGAUGUUCUUGCAAUGGAGAAUGUUGUGAGGAUCAUGAAAGUGCUAGAAAAGAUCAAGUUGAAAGCUCUUCCUGGUUCACAAACCAUUGACACUAUAUGGGAAAAGAUAGCAGCAUCAAAAUUCAUCGAUUUUCAUCUAAUGGGUGCUAUAAAACAUGAAACAUUGUCAAGUGAGGAAGUUGAACUUGUGAAAAGCUUCUUGAAAAGUUUCGUUAAAGCCUGUCCCAACUGGAUGUUAAAGAUAACUCCAGUUUUGAAAGAGCUAUCAUCCAGCUGCAACCCUGAAUUCUUAAUCAAUCUGAUGGAAACAGUCGCUCCCAGUAUUCCUGAUGCAAAGGAAUUACCAUGGCAACAGCAGCCUCUAAUCCUGACAACUUCUGAGCUGAAAGCAACAAGUACAGAAUCCUUUCCUGUGAUUAAAGUAAAAGACAACAAAAAUAGUGAUUACAAGUAUGAAUCUGCAAAUGAAUAUCUUAAAACCAACUUUUGCUUGAUGAGAGGGGAAUGCUUCCACAAGCUGAAGAAUGGCAUAAGAGCAUUUCUUAAUAAUGGUUCCUUUGACUCCAAAGACAUUAUGAUGUAUGAAAUAACUCUGGACAGCCUUGAUACCAGCUUCAAAAAUACCACCAUUCCUGGUCUUUCAAUUAAACUGAAGUACAAACAGCUUGUUGAAGACGAGGAAGAGGAAACAGUAGAUAGCUGGCUGCUUCAUGGUAACCUCCUCUACAUAUCCCUUGACGCAACAUUUCAGAACCCAAUUUGGGCAGUCGUGUCCCAAGUUGAGAAGAAAGAUAGUGUGGUGACUGUGAAACUGUGCGGAAAUAACAAGAACUAUUUUUCGGAUGCCAAGGUGAUAAGUAGACUUCAGGAGCUAACUGAGCAAGGAACACCUGGUGUUAUGGUAGAAAGCGCUACCUUCUUCAGGGCGUAUGGGCCAUCACUGGAUGUCCUCAGAAAAAAAGAAACGGUUGCAUUCAAAGAUUACCUUGUGGAUGUCACACGUACAACAAAGCCGCCACCAUACAUAGCCGAUCUCAAGAAGUCUCCAGAUUGGUCCGUCCUUUUCAAGAAUGUGGAGCAGCGCUCGACUGCAGACAAAGAAGAGAGUUAUUCGGUGCUGGAAGAUUUCAAAAGACAUCGAGACAAAUUCGAAUCUUUCCUGGAUGAGACGCAGCUGGAGGCUGUUGAGCGUGUGCUUAGCAGUGAGCUGGCAUUGAUCCAGGGUCCGCCUGGCACCGGCAAGUCGUACGUGGGUGUUGCUCUGGUAAAGCUGCUUCUUAGUAUGGAGCUCACAGGGCCAAUAUUGGUUGUGACGUACAAGAACUUGGCUCUAGACCACUUUUUGGAAUCAUGCUGUAAAGAGAUUCCCGAAUUUCAGGAGCCAGGUCCAGGUUUGAUCCGUGUUGGCAAGGGAGCCUCCGAGAGCCUUGCAGAAUACAAACUUGGGAAGGUUGCUGAGGGAAAAAUGAAGUCGAGUUGUUACAAGCAAAAGAAGAUACUCACCAAGGAACUCUGUGAGCUUGAGAUAAAACUACGGAAAGCAUUUCGCCAGUUGAAAGAGGGGAGUAUUUUCAGUCCCAUGACGUUCGUAAAGGAAGCAGAUGAUAAGCAUAUCAAAUCCUUGGUUGAGGAACAAGUGGACAUGAAGAAGUUAGAGAAGUUGCUCGAACAGAGAAACCGUUUUGACAACAAAAUGGCAUUAGAGGAGUUGGUAAGGAUUGUGGAGCCUAAAUUACAACAAUGGAUGCCUGGGUCAAAGGAGAUUAACGAGCUGUUCAAGGCCUGUGCCUCUGACUUAGGAAAGCUAAUAAGGCCUAAAUCUGAUGUUGGCGAAGACACCGACGAUAUUAGCAAUAGUUUGGUUUUGGAGCCAUCUCAUGAAAACAUGGAGAGACAAGCAGCAGAAGAUGCAGCAGAGGAUGCAGCAGAAGAUACGAUAGGAGAUACUCCUAUAGAAAAUGAGGAAAAGAGUGAAAUUUGUGAAGAAGCGACUCGACAAUUACCACCCAUCCCUCCCGAACGUUUUGGAGCCCAUUUCAGAAGCAUUUUGAAUGCUGGAAACAUCUGGGAACUUGGACAAGAAGAAAAGAUCCAACUGAUGUACGCCUUACAUUACAAACAUUACCGGCAAAUUAGUGAAGACUUUGAGACGCUUGUUAAUAUAUUCACACAGAAAAAGCACGAGAGACAAGAGUUGUUGGAUAGACAUCACAUCGACGUGUUGAGAGAAGCCAAAGUAAUCGGUAUGACCGUGACAGGAGCCGCUAUCAGAGCAGAAUGGCUAGAGCUAAUUCGUCCGUGUGUAAUGAUUGUUGAGGAGGCUGCAGAAAUCCUUGAACCUCAGCUUGUAUCCGUGAUCCCAUCAUGCACUCAGCACCUGAUCAUGAUUGGCGACCAUCAACAGCUGCGUCCACAGGUCCACUUUAUCAAGCUUCGCCUCAAACACAACCUUGACGUGUCCAUGUUUGAGAGGCUUAUCAAGGGAGAGAUACCGUACACGCAGUUAAAGUAUCAAGGCCGUAUGAGGGACGAGUUUGCAGAUCUCUUGAGAGAGCUCGGUAUCUACGAAGACCUGAGGACAAGGACGGAGCUUGUAGAUAAAAACUCCCCUCUAGAUUGCAUGGAGAAGACGAUGUUCUUCAUCAAUCAUACCCGCAAAGAGUCCACCAGAAAGACUUCGCACAGCUACAAGAAUGACUUCGAGGCGGAGCAGAUAGUGGAAACAGCCAAGUUCCUCAUACAGAAUGGUGUCAAACCGGAGGAAAUAACCAUCCUUUGCUCCUACCGGGGGCAGGUGUCUAACAUCAAAAGUCGUUUGAACCCCAUCGAGAAUGAGGAACGAAUAGACAUCGAGAUCACCACAAUCGACUCAUUUCAGGGUCGUGAAAACGAAAUCAUUCUUCUUUCCCUUGUGCGUAGCAGUCCAGAAAAAGAAGCAAAGAUCGGAUACCUCUCUUCGAGGAAUCGUUUGUGCGUUGCUAUUUCGCGAGCUCGGCGGGGCAUGUACAUUUUUGGAAAUGCGUCUCUUUUCUGCAGGAAGUCAAGACGUAACUGGGAAAAAGUGAUAGAGAAGAUGAGAAAAAAUAACAGUUAUGGAAAAGAAAUUCCCAAAAAGAGACGUGAUGGCACUGCCAUGGCCGAUGGACCGCCAGCAGAUAGCAUCACCGGCCCGACAGCCUCAACUGUCUACAACACCCACAUCCACCACGCAGAAACGGUUAUUGUUGGUGAAAAAAAUGUUGCCAUCGGCAAAGAAGGUGCCUCUGUCCAAAUCCCUGAAGCCCAGAAUCAAAUUGAUCCCCAGAUCCCUCCCGCACAGGAAACCGGCCAGCAUUGUGUUACAGUCGACCCUACAUCUCUUCCGGCGCCAGUCCAAGAGGAGAACUCAAAGCCGAAGUCUGCAGGAGGAGACCUCAAGGGCGACAAGGAUUCAAGUCCCCAAAUCCAGGAGACGAGAUCUCAUCUAUCUUUGCCGGUCGAAGAAGAGUUGAUUGUACCAACUCAACUCUCAGUCGAGGAAGAAUGCAAGGAGACAAAACUUUCUCUUCCUUUGCCGGUCGAGGAAGAAUGUAAGAAGCAGGAAAAUUUCCCAAUUGAAGAACGAAGUAAAAAAUAGUGCUCAAUAUGCCAAGCUUCCAAGAGACCCAUACAGAAAGCGUGUACAUCAACCAUUCUUGCCUAAUUCCAUUUACGAAAUAAUCUUUUUUUUAAUUAAUUGUAUCUUUUUUUCUUAUUCGACUAGUGAAAAUUUUAUGGAAUCUAUAGAAUUUCUUGCGCACUAGCGCAAAUAAGAAAUUAACUCAAUCAUAAGCAGAAGGGUACCAAGUAAUUAAAGGUUAGAAUGAUUGGGCAGGCCUUAAUCAUCAUUUAUUCUUGUGGAUGGAGGAGAACUUGUCACAUACAUCAGGGGUCUAAAAGAAAAGACAGACCGUCGGUUCACCGCUGUUCAGAUAUUCUUUAACCCUAACUGAUCAAAUUUGACGAGUCAUUGGCAUGCGAAUACCCCUCAACGUUCCCGACAAAGAAAUUUCGAUAUUUUUCAUAGGACAUGCCCCAUAUCUUCCAGGAAUGUGUCCGUGUUACGACAUCGUAUUAGACCACCAAGACACGACAAAAAAAAAAUAGAGAAAAAUAGUUUUUUAGCACCAAUUUGUAGGAAUAAAUUAGAUAAAGAAGUGUAGUUAUACCCA